UGGUGACGAACCCUCCCACCCUCUCUUGUCUUGCGACCAAAACUAGUUUCAAGACGACCGGGCGAAAAUAUUUUUCUUUCCCUUGAAGGAACGGAUGAUUGAGGCGUCAACUUCCCGACAUUUCCUCCGACAUCUCCCCUCUUUAGACAAAAGUUCGUGGAUCCUCCAAGAGUUUGGGAACUAAAGAUUGAUAGAAAGCCUCUUUUUUCUGUAGGUGGGAACUUUGAAAACAUGGAUUGGGGGACGGAUCUUUGGGACCAGUAUGAUGGUAUUGAUAAACACACCCAGUCAGGACUGGAUCUGGUGGACCGAUAUGUGAAGUUUGUCAGAGAACGGACCGAGAUAGAACAGAACUACGCCAAGCAACUCAGAAACCUCUCCAAGAAAUACCUUAAACGAGGCAGCAAGGAGGAGCAAGAGUGUGGGUUCACCAAUCACCAGUCAUUCCAGGACAUUGUGAAUGAGCUGAAUGACUAUGCGGGCCAGAGAGAGCUGAUAGCAGAGAACAUGAUGACUGGAAUCUGUGUAGAACUCACCAAAUACCUUCAGGACCUCAAACAAGAACGCAAAACAUACCUGGCCGAUGCCAAAAAAGCUCAACAGAACUUAGAGAUCAGUUUCAAACAGCUGGAGAAUACUAAGAGGCGUUUUGCCAAGGAGUGGGGAGAAGCAGAGAAAGCCACACAGCAAGCGGAGAAAAUUGAGAACGACACAAACGCUGUGAAAGCAGAUGUUGAGAAGGUGAAGCAGCAUGCCCAUGUGAAGACACACACAGCGGAGGAGUGCAGGAACGACUACGCCGCCCAGCUCCAGAAAUACAACAAGGAACAGAACACCUUCUACUACACAGAGAUACCGCAGCUGUUUAAUAAGCUGCAGGAUAUGGAUGAGCGGCGUAUCAGGUGCUUGGCAGAGGGCUACAGUCAGUUUGCUGAGGUAGAGAAGAAGGUUUUACCCAUCAUCACUAAAUGUCUGGACGGGAUCAGUAUGGCAGGGGGGAACACCAACGGUAAACAGGACUCCUUGCGGUUUAUAGAACAACACAAGUCAGGUUUUGAGCGACCGGCUGAAGUGGACUUUGAAGACUACAGCCAAGGUAUCAAACCAGCCUCCUCAGACGCCAACCUCAACCAACCUAAAAUACGCACUAAACUGUGGCCCUUCAGUCACAAGAAAACCAAGUUCCAGAGGAUAAAUGCUGACAAGCACAUGUCUCCAGCUGCUGAGGACUUCUCUCACCUGCCUCCAGAACAGAGGAAGAAGAGACUUCAGUCCAAGAUUGAUGACAUCACCAAGGAACUUCAAAAGGAGCUGGACCAGAGUGAGGCAUUAGAGAAGAUGAGAGGUGUUUAUGAACGGAACCCUCAGAUGGGAGACCCAGCCAGUCUAGAACCUCAGAUCACCCAGACCUCGCAGAACGUUGGACGACUCAGAGGACAACUCACCAAAUACGAGUCGUGGCUGGCUGAGGCUUUCAGAGGAGAUGAUUCUACCAACACUGCUGUCAACAACAAUCAAUACUGUUCCAUGUCAGCUGAUCCGUCUCAGAACAUCUACUCAGAGUUUGAUGAAGACUUUGAUGAAGAUGUGGAGACUCCUAUAGGAAAGGCUACUGCCCUCUACACCUUCCAAGGUUCCAGUCAAGGGACAGUGUCUAUAACAGAAGGCGAGCAGCUCAGUGUGAUGGAGAGUGAUAAAGGAGAUGGAUGGAUGAGGGUUCUACGAGCCAACGGAGAUGAAGGAUACAUCCCCUCAUCCUACGUCAAAUUCUAGACAAUAACACACACACACACACACACACAUGGAUACACCGAUUUAACACACACACAUGCGGACGGACGGACACACACUCCUUUCAGCCAAGGACUUCCAUUCUGUGUGUCUCUUACUCUCUCUACCUCUCCACUCUUCCUCUCUCUCUCUACCUCUACCCCUCUCUCUACCUCUCACUCUUCCU